GUUCUGUUUUUUAUUUAUUUAUUAUUUUUAAAUAGGAUUGUUAUUUUGCAAGGUUGUUCAGUAUUAUCAUUUACUAAUGAAUCCAGUUAAAUAAAUGUAGACUAAUUCAAUUUUUAUAUUGACUUACUAGUUUAUAACUUUAAAAAUGAACAUUCAUUUAGCAUGAAUACGAAUACAAACAAAGGAUAAGUUCUUUGUUCAUUUAUUCUUUAUGAAUAUGAUAAAACAAACUGUACUGAUCUGUUUUAAAGUUCAAUGAUUACAAUCAGAUGAUCAUACAUAAUAAUAAUGAACAUUGAGAUUAUUCCAUUCAUCAUUGGUAUUUUAAUUCUUACAUUAUUCAAUGGAUUAUAUUGGUGUAAUGAAUGGAAACAUGUAAAUAAUCAAUUAUCUAUGCCGUAUAAUCCUUGUCAACCGAAUCCAUGCCAAAACAGUGCUAAAUGUGUAAAUAUUCAAGAUUGGAGUAGAACAACAUCAUUGAAGAAAUUCAACACUUUGUCAAACUAUUACUGUGUAUGUCUCAAAGGAUGGACUGGACAAAAUUGCACGGAAGAUAUUGAUGAUUGUGUUAUUCAUCCUUGUUUAAAUGGCGGUAUUUGUGAAAAUAAACCAAAUAUGAGAUUUUAUUGCCAUUGUCCAACAGGAUAUGUUGGUCAGACUUGUGAAUAUAGAGAUCCAUGUCAACUUAAUCCUUGUUUAAAUGGUGGAACUUGUCAGUCUGAUCCAUUUGGUCAGUUUACUUGCAUUUGUCCUCAUUGGUACAAUGGAAUACGCUGUGAACAAGAAAUUAACCCAUGCCAUCCUACAUCUCCGUGUUUGGGGGAGAAGUCAGUUUGUCAUUUAUUGACUUCAAAGAAUAGAACAGUUUCAGGACCAUCGUUUUCUAUUCAUAAGUCAGAGUAUAUUGUAGAUUUUCUAUGCGAAUGUGACCUUAAUUAUUUUGGUCGUUAUUGUGAUAAGAAGCGAAAUUCAUGCAAGUUUCAUAAUUGUAAAAAUGGUGCAACUUGUUUACAAAAUAAUGAUCAUUUUGUUUGUCUGUGUCCUUUAGGAUUUACAGGAUCAAUUUGUAAUACACCUACAAAUAGAACUAAAUAUAUUUCUUCUAAUAUAAAUACUUUAAUUCAUAAUCAAUCAAUAAAUAUGAAUAUAUUCAAUAAGAAUCUAACAAAUAAUCUAGAAUUAUUCAAUGAUUAUUGUUAUCAAAUUGGAUGUAAUAAAGCAAAAAUUGGUGAUAAUGUAUGUCAAGCAAAUUGUAUCUAUGCAAAUUGUAUAAAUAUAAAAGAUGAAUUAGAAAAUGAUUGUCAAUAUUGGAUUCAUUGUUUACAAACAACUCAAUAUAUUCUAAAUGAUAAUAAUAAUAAUAAUGAUGAUUAUAUUCAAACAACAUGCGUUGAACAAUUUAAAAAUGGUAAAUGUCAAUCUGAAUGUAAUAGAAAUGAAUGUUAUUUAGAUGGUUUUGAUUGUUAUGAAAAUAUAUCGCAGUGUGCGCCAUUUGAAUUCUGUUUACAGUCAUAUGGAGAUGGUGUUUGUCAAUCCCAAUGUAAUACCAUUCAAUGUGGUUAUGAUGGAGGAGAUUGUGAAAAUGAACAAAGAAACUAUUAUUUAUCAAUCAAGUAUAUUUUACUUCAUCUGAAAACAAAUCAAUCAGAAUUUAAGUUGAAUCGUAAUCAGUAUCUGGGAAAUCUAGGUGUAAUUCUUCGGUCGAUUGUUAGGAUUGCAAAGGAUAACACUACUAAAGAACUUUUAUUAGAAGAUAUUCCUAGUAAAAAUCAAAUUAAAGUGCUACUUGAAGUCAUCAGUCAAUCAAAUAUUAACUGCAAAACAACUGAGGGAAAUAUGUGUACCAACGAUAGUGUCCAAUUACUUCAACCAAACGAACUUAAAACUUAUAUUCUUGCCGCAUUAAGUACAAAUCAGUACAAAUCACUUUUUAGUAUAAUCAACUUAAAUUUUGUUGAUUCACCAAGUCACUCACAUUUUAAAGCACCAUGGGAAUUAGAAUCUUCAAGGGAUACAGGAAUAUCAAAAGAAGCUAUUGGAUUAUACGUUUGUAUAUGUAUUUUAGCUGGAAUAAUUAUUAUAUUAAUUUUAUUCUUGGUAUUUCAACAUGAUAAUAACUGGCGAAAACCAUUGAAACGUGUAAAAACGAAAGGUAUCUGGUGUCCACCUGUAUCAUCGAUUUAUUCUAAACCUAAUCAAACGGAUUUAUUAGGACAACAAUCUUCACUUUAUUUCACCGGACUUAAAUCAGUUGUAGGAGUUACAGAACCACCUUUAACAACAAUGACAAUAAAUGAAUCAAAAUAUUUUGACAAUAAAUUUAAACAAACUCCAUCAGCUUCAUCAUUUUUUCAAGAUUACUUGAAUUCUUCAACUGCUAAUGAGAAGGAUACAUUCCAUUUGUCAAAUGUCCCAAAGUACAAUCAUGAAGAAAUGAUUACUGGAUUCCUCUCAGAUAAAGUUCCUGGAACAGAUGACUAUUCGCCAAAUUGCAAAAAGAAACGUUUUACUCAAAAUGAAAUGAUAUCAGAUAUGUUACCUAAUAGUGCAAAUUUGUUUAUUGCUCCCAAGUAUUUGGGAAAUUUAUUCAAUGAAGAUACAAGAAACUUUCAGCCUUUCGGAGAAGAGGAAAAGCACAAACAAGGCAAGCGUACAUUUGAUCUGGAAGACAAAUAUGAUUCACUUUUGCCUCAGGAAAAUUUAAAAACCACUAUUAAUGAAAGUUUAAAUUUAGAUAGUACUUAUAGCAAGAAAGAGAAGAUAAAGGCCAUGGGAUCUGAUAACAAAGAAGUUUUUAAAAUAAUUUCAUCAUUAGAUGGUCUACACCCAUGUAAUGUCACUCAGAGAAGUCAAAUUGAACAAGUUUUAGAUGAUAGUAAUGAUCAAAAUAAAGGUGUAGAAAUGUCGUCAAACAAUCAUGGUACUGAAAAUUAUUUGGAUGAUGAUCUAUCAAAGAACGUUGUUGGUGAUCAAAGUCUCCUACAUUUAGCAGCUCAUAUGAAUGUAGGACAUGACAUAAUUAAUAAAAUCUAUCAUAAUGAACAUAAUCAAAGACCUCUUGGUACUUUAUAUGUUGAUUCAUUUGGUAGAACAGCUUUGACUGGAGCGGCUGCUGCUAAUUCUUUAGAAUCAGUCAAGUCGUUAUACCAGCUUGAAAAAGAGGCUCUACUAAAUAAAAAAUCAGUAAAAUCUGUGAAAUCACGUCAAAUUACUGCAUCAAAACCAACAUGUCGUUCAAGAAGACGUUAUCAAGUUUAUGAAUCUCGACAGUGUUCACCUAUAAUUGUUGCUAUUCAAGCAGGGAAUGAUGAAGUAGUAAAGUGUUUAUUAGACGAAGGUUGUCCUUACAACACUGUUGACCAGUAUGGUCGUAACGUUGUACAUUGGGCGGCAGUAACUAAUUCUGUUAAAAUAUUAGCUCAUUUAGCACAGUGUAAAGGUUUUGCUAGACUAAUGAAUAUGAAGGACGACUGGGAUAGAACACCUAUCAUGUUAGCUAUACGUGAAGGUUGUCAGGAAGCUGUUGAGUUCCUACUAGACAAACAAGCCAAAGUUGAAAUCAUUGACUGUAUGGAAAAUGAUUGUUUAUCAUUAUGUAUAGAGAAAGGUUAUAAAAGAAUACAUGAAAUACUUAUAAAUUACAUCAGAUCAAGAAACUCAGACACAAAGUCGCUAACACGUGAUGAGACAGUGAAUGUUUUUAAAGAGAAUCCAGACGUAAGUAAACAAGAACUGUCACCGAUGUUACAAUCUACACCAUCUAUGGUACCGGUUACGACAGUGAUGACAACUACGCCAGUACGACAUUCAGCAGAGAACAUUUGUCGUAUGAAUGAACUUGACUGGGUAAGUUUAAGUGAUGAUCAAGUUUCAGAAGACUAUAGUGAUUGUGAUCAAUUCACAGAAGAUAUGACUAAAGAUUUUAAUUGAUGUAAAAGUGGUCACCAUUGACGUAUAAUAUUUACCCUAAUUCACACAUUUCUAAUCAUAUGUUACAUACAUAAUACGUAUAUUAACAGAAAUAAAGAAAAAAAGAAUGUUGGAUGUAAUUAAUUGUAAAUAUAUUAUAUUUGUUCAGCUAUGUAUGUAUAAAACUGUAUAUAAGGGUUGAUGUAUUGAAUGACGUGAAAGUAUUAUAUUAUUAUGAAGUGCUUAUGUACUUGUUUCUUACCAACCAACUAUCUAAGUUAAAAUAACUUUCAUUGUACAAUACAUUUAUUUUUUAUGAAUAAAUCACAUUCAAUAUCUUUUAUUACUCCUGCCACAGUGAAUUCUUAUGAUUAUCAAAUAUACAAGGAUCAUGACGAAAGCUUCAAAAAGGAUACAGUAAAACUUGGAAAUAUACACUACAAACUAGAUAUUAGAUAUCAAUAGGCUUAUACUUGGAAAUAGGAUGUCUGUAACCUUGUAAAAUUAGAUAGAAAUGUUCAUCGUACUCGGUGGAAUAGAUCGCUUCACUGUCCAAACUCAAAAUGAUGAAAAUACUUUUCAUCCACAAUAACGUAAUUUUUUACAGCUCAGCAAGAAUAAAAACACGUUCAACUUUCCUAUGGGUACAGCUAAGGAUGUCGGUUUAAUUUGUUGAAAAUGAUCAAUGAAGUAGAGGUUUAUUGCUAAAUGAUUCCGUCGAUAGACUAGUAUCACAGAAAGUAGAUAGUAAAACACUUUUUAUACAUUUUGUAAUGAGCACAAUCCUAAACAUUCUUAUCAUACAUAAUUGACCUAAUGUUAUGAUUACUGUAUUGAGUGAAUUUCUUAGUAUAGAACGCAAUAUGCAAUAUAUUACAUUGAAACUAUGAAACUUGCGUCUGAAAUUUAAAGUAAACCUACCUCAUACAUAAAAAUUAUUUGCACAUGUAAAUUUUAAGUGAAUACCUUGUAAACAAUUAUUUAUCCAAUUUAUUCCGUGUUCAUUUGGCAACAUGGUCAACAGAGUUCCGUCAACACUAAACAUUAAAAAUAUAGGGGAUUUGUUACUACCCAGUGACCAAACGAUGUUAUUUUAACUCUUCAACUUCCCCGCUUUCUGAUCAGUUUACUUAUUUGAUGUUACAUGUUAGGAUCUGUUUUGUAACCUCUAAUUCUUGCUCGCUCUUUAUGGGUAUCAUACUAUGCUACUUACUAAAAUUUAGUAUCUUAUGUAUUGUCAAUCAUUUUGCAAUGAACAGCUUAAAACACUUAAAUUACAAUACACUGAUAUUCCCAAAUGUUUUUAUGUUACUUUGUCAUUGAUUCCGUUAUAUUAUCGUAAUUUUACUUCCUCAUUUAUCUUUGUAGUUUGUCUUCAUCAUACGUGUUUUUCAUUGUGAAAUUAUUUAUUUGAAACAACUUCCAUAUUUAAUGUAGCGUGCUCUCAGUUCAAUAUUGUUGACUGCCAUUAGUGCUUUGACACAGUUGUGCACUGUUAUUUAGCUUAUCGACACAUCGUUUUGUGAAUUGUAAUAAUAAGAACUUGUGAACCCGUUGGUAUCUCAAAAUUUGAGAUUCGUGAUUUCCAUUGUUUAUAUUAUUACUUUCUGUAAUGGUAUCCUAUGGGAUUUUAAGCGAGAUAUAAUUGAUUCCUUCAUUAUGGAUACAUCUUCCUCUGUCCCAGCAUGUGAAGAGUUGAAUUUCCUUAGUACAUUC